AUGACCAGCGCUGGGGCCAAUGACAGCGGGGCCAAUGGAGAGGACAGUUCCGAGGGACCGGGGCCCACACGGACCGCAGGGAGCCGCUAUAGGACGAGCCCCGGCCUGGAUCCUCUGAUAGGCGUCUCCCGAGGCCAAUGGGCGGGCAGCAGGGACGAGGCUCUCCGCUGGCAGCUGCUUGGAAACGUGGAGAGAGUGGUUUAUAAAGGCCAGAAGCUUCUGAUGUCACGUCCUGGAGACGAGGGUCUGAGGAUGAUGAUGUUUGCCCCAAAUACAAGGCCUCCACGUCCAUCCUCACAGAAGAAAACCUUAGGACGGCUGUGA